CAAACUAAUAAUUUCAUUUUCUUUCCAGAUGACCGCAACUGAAUGACCGUAACGUAGUUCAACCAUAUACACACACAGAAAGAAAUUUAUACGACAACAAGGCUGCUAUCACCCGCAAUAAGGCAAUAAGGACGACAUUUUCACUAAGGUACUAAAAAAGAGAGAAUGCGAAUAUAAAAACCAAAAGCAACAAAAAAAAAGUUAAAUUACAUCAAAAAUAAAAAAAUAAAAAAAAAACAGAAAACAGGAUUUUGUAAAAGAAGUGUAUCCUAAUGAUAUAUAGUAGGCUAGGGAUUAACAAGAGCUUACACAAGACCAACAGUAACGCAUUGCGACUACAACUACAACUACUACCAUCAUCAACUACAACAACAACAUCACUGCCAACCAUCAUCAUCAACACACUGGCAAAAAGAAGAAAAAAAAAUUCAUUUCUAUAAAAACAUAAAAAAAAUAACAAAAAGGACUAAAAAACUAGAAAGAAAAAAAAAAAUAACGGAAACGAUAAUCAAGAUUCAGGAUAUAUUUGAGGAGAAGUAGAGAAAGUAAAAAUCCCGAAUCCGAUUAGGAAAAAGUACAAUUUUUUCUUCGUUUUUUUCUUCCUUCAUCAAUUUUUUUUUAUACUUUAUUGGUUUAUCCUUUUUGCAGUUUAACAUUUGUUUGUGGUCUUCUGCAAUUUUCCAUACGGAUACACGGGCAAAUAGUUUGUUUUUUUUACUAGCAUCCUCCAAUCCAAUUCAAGAAAGAAGAAAAAAAAAAAACGACUAAAAAAUUGAAGGACUCUCUAGACCAGAAGAAGAAAACAAAAAUUUUUUAUAGAGAAAUAAGGAUAUCGGUUGUUUAAGAUCGUGACUAUUAAUAUUUAUGAGGUGCGCACCAAAGCAAUCUCUCUCGUUCGCUCAAUAAUAUCAGGUUAUUCUAGUGCAACAAAAAACCCACAUUUCUCAACCAACCCCCAACUAUCUACCCCCCUUCAACAAGGACCCUUCUUUACCACUUUUCUGUUAUAGUGCUUGGCAAAAAAAAAUAAUAAUAAAAAAUAUCCUUCCCUAUAUCAUAGUUGAAAGAAAGAAAAGAAAAUACAAAAAAAAGGACGAAAAAAAGAAAAAAAAUUAACUCCAUGCAGUGGAAUAAAUUCACAAGGAUCCCCUACCGCAGCAGCAGCAUCAACAGCAACCAUAGUUUGUGUACCAUCAACAGCAGCAGUAUCCUUUUUUGUCCUUAUUUUUCCAUGAUAGUGUUGAAGUGCCAUUUGCAAUAGAGAAAAAAAAAGUGUAAUUAAAAAAUAUAUAAAAGAGAAAAAAUAUAGAAAAAAAAGUGUGCAAUACAGUGCGGUGUUAGUAAUGCAAAGCAUUAGUAGCAGGUAAUAUCAUUUUAGAAAAAUAUAAAUUUCAAAAGAAAAUAAGAAAAAAAUAAAUUAAAAUUAAUCCUGCGUGUUUGGUAAAAGAAUAAAAAAAAAAAAAUAUAAAAAAGUGUCCUAAAGUGCAGGCAGCAGUAUAAUAGUAUCAUCAAGCAAACACCUACCAACCAACCAGUCCGCCCGCGACGACGGUAUAAGUGUUAAUGUGUUUAAGUAACAUAUGGAAGAGUUUACAAAAUUCACACGGUGAAUUAUAGCACUUAAGGUUGCACUACGCAUUAUUCCACGCGUUAUAACACACACACACACAUACACACACAUUUACACACACAUAAACACACACACAUCAUACAAAUAUCCACCCCUUUUUUUGCCGCAACAACUACCCCCAAAUCAUUCAUCGCUGCCACCCCAACAACCAACGCCGGUGCAUUUUCAAAAAAGGAUACACGAGGAUAUCAUCAACAUCGUCAUCAUCAGGAGCAGCUACUCAUAGUAGUAAAAUAGGAAGAAGAAGAGUGUGGCAGUGACAGCAGGAGGCGGUGGAAAACAUUUUAAACAUCACAAAAUGUUGUUACAAGGAUUUUUAAUCGGAUUUACUUUGUUAAUUCAUGGAUUUGGUGGAGGAGCACAUGCUGAGAGUGGUACAACCAUAUCAGAGCAUGUGGGUAAAACAGUUGAAUUGCCAUGUCCAAUGAACAUGACAGUAUGCGGUGCAUUGCAUUCGAUUAACUGGUUCAAAGGUGAAACACGAAUUGCAGCUGUACUGCUUGAUGAUAGCAAUAUAACUAGUGUCUCAGAAGGCUAUAAAGAUAGAGUAAUAGUGGAGCAAUCUCCAUUUAAAUUAAUUAUUAAGGACUUGCAAAUAUCUGAUGAAGAUAUCUACCUAUGUGAUACAACAUUUUUUAUACCAUUAGAAGCUUGUGAUAACUACUAUGGAUAUCGUGUAAAACUUAAUGUCUUAGUGCCACCAACCGAGGUUGUGAUAGUUGAUGAGAAAGGAGAUCGCAUUGAGAACGGUACCGUUCUUGGGCCGCUACAGGAAGGACAUACAUUGAGAUCGACGUGUAUUGUGAAAAACACACGACCCCAACCAAGCGUCGGAUGGUUUAGAGCAAAUAAGCGGUUAACAACACAUUCACCCACCUACGAUGAAAAGGAUGGUCUCUAUACAGCCACUUUGGAAUUAUCGUUGGUAUUAACACGCCAGGACUUGGGCAAUACAAUUGAAUGUCGUGUUGAAUCAUCGGCAAUUCAAGGCACAAUCCGCAGCGUAAUCGAUGUCGAUAUGCAAGUUCGUCCGACGGGUAUUACAUUGUCUGGAGUUGAACAUCACACCGUUCAAGGCAGCAAAGUUGUGUUAACAUGUCAGGUCUAUGGAGCCCGACCGGCUGUCAAUAUCUCAUGGUCGAAUUCCUCAGUGCCAAUUGUUGAUGAAGACAAUGCUCUUACGGAAAUAAGAACGCAUGCGGUUGAACAAAAUGAUGGCACAUUUCACACAGUAAGUGACCUGAUAUUCAAUGCAUCGCGCUUUGAAAAUGACAUGGUAUUCCGUUGUGAUGCCGACAAUGUUGUCCUACAAAUGAAUCGUGAGAAACCCAUUUACUCUUUUGUAACAUUGGAAGUUAUGUACCCACCCGUGGUAAAAGUCAGUCCACCACACAUAACAGUAAAUACCAGCGAUACAGUCCUGUUAAAUUGUGAAUAUGUUGCAAAUCCUGCAACGUUGACGAGUGUUAAAUGGUAUCGUAAUACAGAUUUAGUAAAUGUCAAUGACACAGACCGUUAUGAGGGUGGAAAUUCCGAAAAUGUUGCACUUGUCAUAAAAUCAACUGACAAAAGAGACAUUGGCAAUUAUUCAUGUCAUUUGUCGAAUUCCAUUACAUCUGGCAAAGGAGUUUCCGAAACACAAAUUGAAUUGGAUGUUCAAUAUGUGCCAAUUGUUGAAGUUCUAAUGACACCUGAGGGACCUGUUAAGGAAAGUGACGAAUCAAAUGUUACACUUUAUUGUAAUAUUGUUGAUGCGAAUCCAUCGCAAUUAACAAAAGUACGCUGGUAUGCUAAUUCAUCGCUACUUAAGGAGUUACCUGAUUGUACGGAAACAAAUGAAGAUCUUUGUCACAUUGAUCCAAGUAAAUUGCUCCUCGAGAGCAUUGGUCGUGGUUUCUUUUACAACUAUUCGUGUGAAGGUUUCAAUGCAGCCGGUUGGGGGCCUCGUUCCGAUGAUAAAGAGUUAAUGGUCCAUUAUGAACCAGGUCCAGCAACACUAACUCAUUUCCCCCUCAUCGCAGUAAAAAAGAAGAGUGUCACCUUCUCAUGUUCUGUUGAUGAUCCCGGCUAUCCUGAAUCGAAUAGAUUCCGCUGGUUUCGUGGUGGACGCGGUCCACUCCAGGAUGUGGUUACCAAAGAUUGGACUGUCGAACCUGUCGGCCUGGAUAGUCGCACAAAUUACUCCUGUUAUGCGUACAACGAGGGUGGUCAUGGAGUACCGGCCACAGUCAACUUGGAAGUUCAUGCUCCGCCAUUUUUCAUAAAGAAUUUGUUCCCGUACACCGGAAUUGUGUUUUCCAGUAGAAAUGCCUCGUUAAUGUGUCGUAUUGAAUGUGUGCCGAGGUGUACGAUAUCGUGGUAUAAGGAUGGCAUCGCUCUGGGACCGGAUAAUGAGCGGUAUUUCGUGAAGGAAGAAUAUAUGGCUGCAUCGCCGGCAACUGGGGAUUUUGAGAGUGUAAUGUCAGUGUUGCAUUUCAAUAUGACAGCAUGGCCAAAUAAGAGAUUCGACAUUGAUGUUGAUAGUGCCAAUUAUUCGUGUGUAUCAUCGAACAAUGCGGUUGGUCCAGGCAUUAAAAGUGCCACAUAUUUCAGUAUUGAAUAUGCCCCAGAGAAUACAACGGUAACAGAUGAAGUUGUGCAUGUCCUUGAAAGUAACAUUCCAGGACGUGUUGUCUGCAAAUCAAAAGCAAAUCCUGAACCAUCAUAUGAAUGGAGAUUCAACAAUAAAACGAUUACCCGUGGCAGUACUCUGAUUAUAAAUAAUCCAAUGUCAAGAAACGAUACAGGACGAUACACUUGUGUGGCAUUUAACAAACAUGGCUCAAGUGUGUCAGAUACAUUUAUCGAUGUUCAAUUUAAGCCAAAAUGUGAAAUCGAGAGGCGAGAAAUCGACGAUAAGGAUACGUUAAUUUGCACAGCAUUCGGAAAUCCUGUAGAGGCCGACUUCUCAUGGUCAAUUAAGGCGGAGAACGAUUCUGUGGAAACACUGGGCAAUGGCAAAAUUAACAAGGAUAAGAGCUUUUAUAUCCUGGAUGAGGAUUAUGCGAUUGCACGGACGUAUCGUUGUGUGGCGAAUAAUUCCGUUGGAGCUGGAACGUUCUGUGAAAUUGAAGUUGCCGAACAACUUGCAUGGUGGCAAAGAUGGGACAAAACUACCCUUAUCAUCCUAGUUGCAGCCGUACUAGCCCUCCUUUUGGCUGUCAUAAUAAUCUGCUGUAUUAUCAUUUGCAUUUGCCGGCGAAGACGACGACAGGAUAAAUAUCAUACGGAAGUGUCCAUCAGCGCAACACAAAGUGUGUUAUCCUAUCAACCCACAUCACCUCUGCCAUCAUCAACUACAUCACAGACUCCACUUGAAAUACCAAAAAGUCCACCAAGAUGGCCAUUGCGACCGGGCGUAAUGGUGCACGUUAAAAACGAUACCAAACAAAAUCUAGCUGCCAAUCGUUUGGUACUAAAUACAAGCAACACGAGUGGUGCAUCAACGAUACCAAGAUCAUAUCAUUUAAGUGGAACAACUAAAGCCACUGUUGAAUCAAAACCAAAUACAAAUAUAAAUAAUAAUAAUACCUGCACAUCACUUUCAAGCACAAUAAAUAAUAUAAUUCGCACAAAAAGCACUUUAAGCAUGAAUAAUUGUCCUUCGUCACCACCAACAUCUUCAUUAGCAACACUUCAAUCUCAUAACAAUAAUAAUACGUCACUCGGUGCAAGGAGCAAUCAUUCGAUAUUACGUGGUGGAACUCAAUCCUUGGGAAGACCAUCUUCGAAAUUACCCAAAACCGUUCGAGUUAAUCCGAAUAAUACUAUUUUAACAGAUGAGCUUCCAACUCCACUCAGACGUCCUGUCCCGCCACCACUUCCACCAAGGAAUCCCAGAUUGCUGAAGAACUCAAUUAAUUCGUCGAAUCUUUUGACAAAUAUAUCGGCAACUAGUGCUAAUGAACUGCUGCCAAAAUCAAAUGAGACAAAUUGCCAUCAGCAGGCUACAACAUCACCGAGUGACGAUGAAGAGAGUCCAAUUCAAAUAACAAAUAAUAGUAACACAGAAACUUCAAGGAUUAUUAGAGAAUCAGGAUUCUUCGAUAGGUUUGUAACGUUGGCAUUGGGAGGUGAUUUAUUUAAACGACGAAAAAAUGAUGAUGACCGAACGAGAGAUAGUCAGCGUUCGCAUGUGGGACUUUUGAGUUCGAUGUUGAAUGCACCGAAGGCAUUUUGGAGGCAAAAAGAUGAUUCGAAUCCUUUUUCGACGGAACAUCGUUUGAAGGGAAUCCGUUGUUCUGGCAGUGUUACGUAUAAAAAGACGCCUACUUUAACACGAUCUACGGGGGCGUCUGAAGCAGUGUCGACAACGGAUGCUGAUGUGGUGGCAACAAUCACAUCAGCAGUAAGCAACUCUGCGCAACCAAAGACACCAAAUGAGAUACACGACAAGUCAUCUUCACUGGGGGAUCCAUUGACGGAACCUGGAGAGUAUGAGAAUCUACCAUUUCAUGGUCUGCAAACGGCUCCUAAUAAGUUUACUACGACUCCUACAAAUUUUAAUAACAAUACCAAUGUGGUACGUGUUGCUCCACGUCCCAAACGACUAACAACAAAUCAUGACACCAUCAAUAACCAACAACAACAACAACUAACCCAUCACCAAUAUCAUUCCAACAUUCAAAAUCAUCAUCAGCAACUUCAACAACAACAAACUCAGCAACAACAACAAUCUUACAACACCAUCGAAUACAAUCGAAAUUGCAAUCCAUCAAUGAACAACACCAUCAAAAGUACACGAAGUAGUGCUGCAAUAUUAGACAGUAGCAACAGCAUAGGAAUUCCACCACCGCCCCCCGAUCAUCAAUACCACCCUAACCAACAACAACAUGGCCCCCAACAACUAACCUACACCCUAAACAAUUGCUUCCCAAAAAGCUACACCGAAUACUACCAUCAACAGCAGCAGCAAAAGUUCUCCACAUCCAACUCACAACUCCUCAAUUCCAUCGAACACAAUUACCCGUACACGGUUGUGGAACGUGGCAGCAGUGUCACCGGAACCGGCAAUGCAGUGGCCAUUAAUAAUAAUGGCAACAAUCCUUUUCUAGCUGGAGCUGGCGAUUUCAAGAAAUUCGACACGAGCAGUGGUGGCAGCAUGCAUCGAACAAAACGUUCCAAAGGACACUCCAAUACCAAUACCAGUGGAGCAAUGGGUGGCGGUACAAAUGGUGGCGGCGGAAUGCUGCCGCCGGAUGGGGAGAAGAAAUUCUAUUCGUUGAAGUUUCCGGGCAAUAAAAAAUCGCAUCACCAUUUGAAUUCGAUUAAACCGGUGGUGGCUAGUGGCGGUGUUGGAGUUCCAACAAUUGGUGGAGCAGGAAACAAAUGCAAGCGCCAUCAUUCCUUUGCUGGUGCUGGUGAUGGCGAUGUCGUUGGUGCGAGUGCACCACCCCAACCAACCUAUGCAACACCGAUGCAAUCGAAAAUGAGAUUCUAUGAACCACCGGUUUAUGAGAAUCUCAACGAUUCAAUUCAGAUACACGAAUGCCAGGUGGACACACAUCAUGCGCCAGCAGUAUUGCAACAAAAGGAACGUUUAGCAUCAAAUCCCCAGUUGCAACAAAUGCAACAGCACCAUCAUAAAAAACGACAUCACCAGCAUCUGCACCAGAAAAAGGUUGAUGACUUCAAUUUGAUUGAACCGGAAAGACUGAGCAUCUAUCGCAGCGAUUCGGGCAUCUCGAAUAGUUCGUAUGAAUGUGUGACGCCGGUACCGGCUCCGAGAGUCGGUUCCGGUGCCACAGUUAUUCCCCCUUCUCCAGCAACGUUGACACCAGGAAAAACACAAACAAAUCGCAAUGUUAAUACAAAAUCACACACAACAACUCCUGUCUACAUGAAUGUGGAUGGGACAGCAGUUGGAGGUGGUGCAAGUUCCACAUCUCCAUUUGAAUCGCCUUCAUCACAAAAUGAUCCCUCAGCAGUUGAUCCUGCUUCGGUGUCAUCUUGUCAGAGUUUGUAUAGCACGACGAAUCGUUGUGGACGGCAUCCGGGGCAAUGUGCAGUGUCCGGAUUAGUUGGAAGUGGCGGUAGUCAGCAGGAGGUGACGACACCUGAAGAUGGUUCCUCGUCGGCAGCAACAGUCACAGGGAAUACAACAUCUUCGUCUGGGAAAUGUAAAAGACGAACGCCAAGCUCUUGUUCGGCAUCACUGCAGAGUUUAGAGCGUGCACCAAAUACUACCACUAAUCCAUUUUUAGCAACAAACAACCAUUCCACAUCAUCAUCAUCCGGUUGUGCCAGCAGCAGUGGCGGAAGCACCAGUGCCAGUAACCACAGCCAAUCCAGCAGCAGUCGCAUUCAUCGAACCGCCUCGUCCACGUCCUCGCAAUUCUCUCACCCAUCAACAGUUGCUAUCAAAUCGUCAAUCUCGCCAAGCAAAAACAACAACAACAACUCCACAACCAACAGCAGCAGUACUAAGCAACAAAUGCUAAUAUCCAAUAAUUCCCAAAAUCACAACCAGCAACAAAAAGAAAUAAUUCCACAACCAACAAACUCGAGCAGUGGAUCAGCAACGGAUGGCGAAGUGAGCAGCGAAGAUCCAUCUUCACAUCCAGCAUCAAUUACCGCUACAACAGACAUGGAUUCCAUUAGAAAGACCAACGGAAGUAGUGUCCUUCUAGGGGCCUUGAAUAAUUCAACCCAUUCCCAGUAUCAACAACAGCAGCAUCAGCAACAACAUCCGCGGCAACAACAUCAAAAUCAAACAUCGAAGAAGCAUCAUCCCGGUUAUACCACCCGGCCGGUACGACUGCCUCUGCGAAAGCAUCACAGCUUCCAUUUCCAGCCAUCACAAACUGUGGCCGGAAUCAGAUCCAAACAUCGACUCAAGCAUUCAAAUCCGGCCAGUACUGCCGCCGCCGCUGCUACUUGUAAUGGAUCAUCACAACUGGGACUAAGGUCGGCAGCAGGACUUUUCCUAAACGAAAAUAGCGCCUUCAAGCCAAUUUCGCCGGUCGAGCACAUUAGUAGCAGUAGCAAUAAUGGUGGCGCUAUCAGUAGUCGAUUAGUUAGUCAUGAAUUAAUUCAGGGAAAUUUCAAAGAGAUAAAAGCCAAGUCAACAACAGAUGGCCGGCCGAUUCCACGGAUAUGCGGAACCAGCCUCAAGAGGCAUCUGUCAAAUGUGGAAACCUAUGACAGCAGCCGCUAUAACAAACAACUGCAGCAUUAUAAUCAUCAUCAGCGACGCAUAAAACAUCAUCGCAAUUCAGAGGACGAUGAUGAUGAAGAAGAUGAUGAUGAUGAUGACGAUGAUGAUGUUGAUUUCGACGAGGAAGUCGAUUCUGAUGACGAAGAGGAUGACAUAUCGUCCUGUGUGGUGCUGCCAUCAUCCAAUCAAGUUGUCUAUGCUGAUGUCCUUAAACCAGCACCACUUUCAUCAUCUCUGCCCAACACCCAUCGCGAUGACUUGGCCAUCAGUUCAGAUAGCGAAAUGAUUCAACGUAGCCAAUUCAGCCAUAGACAAAAGGACUCCUCGGAGUAUCCUAAUUGCCGGAAAUUUUCCAACCAGCGAAACAUCACCAGUGCAAGGACUAGCAGCUGUCGAAGUAUAGAUGUUGAUCCUGAUUACACUUUUUGUGAGGAUGAAGAUCCAGAGUCGCUGACGUCGUCGGCGGAUGUAACGAUAUUUAGUGUGGCGAGUAGUCCUGCUAGACAACGCACUACACAAUACGUUUCCGCUCGUAAUUUCAACGAAGUGAAAAUAUAAAAAAUAAGAUACGAAAAAAAUCUAUUUAUCCUCGCUAUACGAGUUAUCAGUAUGAAAAAAGGACAUUGUCACACAAGUGUCGUUAAGUUUUAGGUUUUAAUUUUAAAAAUUUAUUUGUUUUUCUUAAUUAUUUGUAUAAAUGUUAAUAUUAAUUAAAAAAUAUAAUA